AUGUCAUUCGGAUGGUCUGCCGGCGAUAUUGCCGCAGCUCUAACUCUCCUGUUCAAUCUUGUCAAAGCACUCGAUAGUACUGAUGGUGCUGCUGGUAAUUAUCAAGAGUCUGUUAACUUCCUACGAGAUCUUAUCCGCACGAUUGACGGUCUGAACACCCUUACCGCGUUGAAAGUUCAUCCAACAUAUGGUGAUGAGAUCACCCAGCAAGUUUCUUUGAUCCGAGGACCAGUCGAGCAAUUUAUAGAUGCCGUGAGAAAGUACGAACCUAGUUUAGGGAAGAGUGCAGCUCAGGGUCAUCAUCGACAUGUUUGGAAAAAGCUACAAUGGCAUUUCGCUAAGGAGGAUAAGGUAUUAGCUUUGAAAGCAAAGAUUGAUCAACAUAUGCGAAUUAUUGAUACCUUAAUCCAUCGCUUGACCUUGGAUGUCGUUUUGAAGGUUCAGGAGACCCUCCCCCAACAGAUGGAAACUAUUUUUACAGACGUGCUUUCACCAAACAUUCUGGGACUGCUCCGCGAAAGUCUCGGCUCUUCGGUCUGCACCGAAGUCGCUCUCAAACUGCAAGGGAGCUUCGAUCUUCAUCCUUAUCCUGACUUUGAAUCGGAUAUCCAGAAAAUUAAGACUCAUUUGACUGACUCACAUAUCACACAGCAGCGCAUUGAGUCUUGUUUGAAAGUUGAUACGUUGCAGAAGAUAAGCAGCAAGAAAACGCGGGCCAGAGGACAGACUCACAUUGUUGGAGGUCGUCGUCCUAGGGGAAGGAAAAUAGCUGGCAACAACAGACAUCGCAUCAUCCCUAAUACGCAGCACGCAGAAUUUCAACGCAAAGGAUAUGGAAGCACAACGGAAGAGUCUCUCAGAGAAGUGUACGAUCAUCCUAGUUCGACAUGGGAUAUGACUAAUGCCACUUCAGGUACUAUUCAGUUUUGCUAUAUGUGGGUCAAUUCCUUCGCAACUUAUUGUGAUUGUGCACCAGUCCCCGACGAAGAUUCUUCUACUGACAGAGCUUUCGACGAAGGACACUGUCUUACGAGAUCUUUCAUUUUUCAUACUUUCAUUCGAGAAGAGUUCAAAAACUUGCCAGGGAGCUCAUUGGUUCGUCGCGGCCAAUAUCAGCCAAUGAGCUUGCACCACAAUCAACGAUUAUCGGGACGUAAUUGGGCAAAUUUUGUUUCUCCUGGUGCUACGGUUAGCAUGGCAGUGAUACAUAGAAGUCCCAUCAUAGGAGACAAUGAAGACUCAAGUAUCUGCCCUGACAAAAAAUGUUUCGGGAUGUGGAAGCGCCUGGAGGAACCCGCUUGGGUGGAGUGCCGCUACGCCGAAAACGGUGCGGGCCUCCCCAACCGUUUUCUAGCCAUCGAUCGUACCUCAAAGAUACCAACCAGUCAAGCAUCCAGUGUGGGUAGACACGAAGAUCAGCUUUCGGAAUUGGAACAAGACUACCUUACAGCUAGUCGCAAUUAUAACCACAACAAGACGCAUGAUAUUGCCUACGUCAAAACGAAAUUCCAUAAGGCUCAACGCGGUAACGAAUGGCUACUUCAUCGAUUAGGUGCGGCGAUCGCCGAUAGACGCACGUUUCUGGCCUACCGUCGAGAGAGUAAUUUUAUCUCUUCCACACCAAUGACCGCCUAUGGAGAGCUUGACCUGGCGGAUGAGGAAAUUUCAAGUGAUUUGUCUGAUAUCCUUCAACGCUCACAUACUGCUUCUCCUAGGCUACACGCAUCAUGGGCUUCCAUGCCAGGCUCUCCAAGCGUCGAUGGGUUAGAUCAUUUUCGAUGUCCAUUAUGCCAGAAGAAUUACCGGAUAAUGAAACAUGCGCAAUGGGUGAACCAUGUAUUCUCCGAUCUCCGAACGUAUAUUUGCACAUCAAAACAUUGUACUCAUCGAGCAUUCAGUAAUCGUAGACACUGGUUCGAUCACGAACUCCGGUAUCAUCGACGCCAUUGGACAUGCAAAAUAUGCAAAACCUCUUCCGUUGCCUGCUUAGCAGAUUUCGACUCGACGAGCCAAGAUUAUGCGGAACAUUUCGAGUAUCAUCACCCUAACAAUCCAAUGGAUCCUUGGGAAAUUGAGCGUUUUAUUGAAGACCGGGGUCCACAAAGUACAUUUUCAGCAAAAGACUGUCCGCUGUGCGACGAGCUGAGAACAGAUGAAGGAGAUGACGGCCAUACAUGGGUAUCGGGGGAGAGAUUUGAAGAAUAUCUCGGGCACCACAUGGAGCAACUGGCUCACAUUUCGGUACAGCAUUGGGGUAAAGCUUCACCUUGGCCUCGAAGAUCUCCAAAUGACCUCAAAAGUUUUUGUUUCAACUGUGCUAAUGCUCGUUCCGAGUGCAGCAAAACAAAGCCUUGCUCAGGGCGUGAGAAACGGACUGGUAUGAGGCAAUGUAUAUACCAAGAAGAUAUCGAAGCAAGCCAUUGGAAUCUCGUAAAUCAGAUCCAAGACUUGCAAGCGAAGUGCCCGACAACCGAGAACAUAAUGUGCUCUUUACCGCCCGGAACGGGUAAGGUCAAGGUCGACCAGAUCAUAGAAGCACUUCGAUGCGGGGAACAACUGGACAAAGUUGUUGCAACGCUCACUAAAGAGGACGAUGCUGAAGUUCUGGGUCGUCGUUCUCAGUGGGUCUAA